CAAAAUAGAGAGAGAAACACGGUGGGCCAGAGGACACAGGCGAGCAAGCCCAGCAUCAGCCUGUCAGCCCCCGACAUCUUGCCCCUGCACUGCACCAUCAGGAAGCUCCGACCUUCCCGGCAUUGCUCAGAGGAGAAGCUGGUCCUGGAGCCCAUCGCCGGUGCUGGCGUCUCCAUCAACUUCACCGAAGUGGCCCGGACGGUCGUGCUGCAGCACGGGGACCUCCUCUCCCUCGGUCUCUACUACCUGCUCCUCUAUAAGGACCCCAUGAAGGCGCAGACGCUGCCAGCACAGACACCGCUGCGGCUGAGAACCGCCGCCACCAGCUUCGAGCCAGGAGACUUCGGGCAGCUGCUACUGAAAGUGGCCAAAAUGAUCCAGAGGACGGUGUGGGAGCGGACACGGGAGCUGGCCGAAAAGCAGUCCCAGCACCAGGACCCUGCUGCCCUGUCCCACUUCUCCAUCACGGACCUUCUCCCAGACCUGCAGCACAUCCUUUUCUGGAUGGCGAAUGCCAUCGAGGUCCUUUACUUCAUCCAGCAGAAGUCACCCACCUAUAUCCAAAGCAUGGAGGAGGAGCUGGACAUCAAAGGCUCCAAGGAGUCUCUUUUCUCCUCGACCAUCACAGCCAGCGAGGAGGCGAUGACGGUGCUGGAGGAGGUGAUCAUGUACACCUUCCAGCAGUGUGUCUACUACAUCUCCAAGUGUCUGUACGUGUCGCUCCCCGCGCUGCUGGAGUGCAACCCCUUCCAGAACGAGAGCCAGGAGAGCUGGCGUGCGAACCCGCCGCUGCCCGAGGAGCUCCGCAGGGUUGUGCUCAUCUACCAGGCAGCACUAGACCUGCUGCGCCAGUACGAAGUGCACCCUGAGAUCACCUCCCAGAUGUUCGCCUACCUCUUCUUCUUCUCCAACACCUUGCUCUUCAACCAGCUCCUGGAUAAGGGCCCCUCUCUUGGCUGCUUCCACUGGUCGCAGGGGGUGAAGCUUCGUGCCAGCGUGCGGCUGCUCCUGGAGUGGCUGCGUGGUGCUGGCUUCGAGCAGCUCGCUCAGCAGUUCUUCGCCAAACUUGCCAACGUGGCCAAUCUGCUGGCCAUGCCCGGCUCCCAGCUGGUGCAGAUGACCUGGUCCACCCUGCGAGCCGAGUUCCCAGCACUGAGCCCUGCGCAGCUCCACCGGGUGCUGAGCCAGUGCCAGGCAGUGAUGGAUGUGGGCUGCAUCGCAGCGUGGCAGCCCAAGGAGGAGAGCCCGGCCACCUUCCAGCCUGAUGAGAUGCUGGAGUCCUUCGACAACCACCCGCCCAUCAUCCUGCCUAGCGCGGGCUUCAAGGUGGACCUGGAGGUGGAGACAUUGGAUGACAACAUCUACAGGCACCUCCUUUACAUCCGCCACUUCCUCUGGAGCCUGCAGAGCAAGAGCCCCAGCAUGAGCGAGGGGCCAGGCUCAGCACCACCAAAGGAAGAGGCAUGCACCAUGGCUGAUGUCCUGGAGGUGAGCGGGAGCCCUGCUGCUGUCCUGGGGAGCACCAUCACCCAGGAGGACCAUUGCACCGGGCCGGAGGGGAGCCCCUUGCUCUGCCUGGCCACCAAUGGCUGCCCCUGUGAGCACCCCGACAGUGAGCCACAGCUCCAGGAGAGGGUCCCAGCGGAGAGGCUCCAGCAGCUGCAGCUGGGCAGGGGCCUGGCCCCCAAGACUGGCCCAGCACUCACAGACCCCUCCUGCCUGCUGACACCCCCCACCACCCCCCUGAACUUCGACUCCAUCAGCCCGGAGUCCCCACAGGGCACUGGCAAAGGGCUGCAGGACCCCCGGAGGAACGGAAUGAAUGGCACCAAAGGCAGCACCCCUGAAGGAUGCUCACCAACCCCCUAUGACUACCCCACGCCAGAGUCUUCCAGCCGCAGCUCUGCCACCGAUGAUUUCUGUUACGUCUUCGUGGUGGAGCUGGAGAGAGGACCCAUCGGGCUGGGGAUGGGGCUGAUUGAUGGCUUGCACACUCCUCUCUGCUCCCCUGGGAUCUACAUCCGCACACUGAUCGAGGACAGCCCCGCAGCCACUGAUGGUAGGCUCUCCAUCGGGGACCGCAUCCUGGCUGUCAAUGGCACCAGUCUCAUCGGGGCAGACUACCAAAGUGCGGUGGACCUCAUCCGCUCCGGAGGGAAGAAGCUGCGGUUCCUGGUUGCCAAGUCAGACAUGGAAAUAGCCAAAAAAAUCAGUUCCAGCUCAUCUUCCUCCUAG